UCCAAUAAAUAAUAAUUAAGUUGGAGGGGCACUUGGGCUGUCCCUUCAACCGAUAACUUGCAUUCUGGAGUGUCGGAGCUCAAAGGGAGACAGGACAUAAACGAAGCAAAAAAACAAGAAAUUGUUGAUCGGUGCUAAAAUCCAAUCUGAGAAUGUCCAAAUCAAAAUCCAAGUUAUGUUUAUCAUGGGUUUUCCUUCUACAACUCCUUGUUGAAUUCUCAUGGACAAUUGCAGCUCCCAGGAAGGAGAUUGGCUUUCCAGAGAGGCGCAUAUGCAGAACAACAGUUCAAGGAAGGUAUUUGUUAUCUGAUGAUAAUGGCUAUGUGUGUGAUGCUCUCUCAUUGGAUCCACAAUCCCGUUGCUGUCCUGAAAGAGGAGACAAAUUCUCUUGUCAUCGAUGCAAUGUUCUUUCGCAGUGUUGUAACUCCUAUGAAUUUUGUGUUUCAUGCUGCACCCUGCACAAACACAAAAGGAACAAGUACUGAAAUUGAAAAUAGCUAAGCCAUCUACAUCAGGAACUUAUAUGAGCGUCUUUGAUUUUUGUGCUGGGAGGUGUCGUCAUAACUCUGAAAGUGUGAUGAGCUUUAUGUUUCAGGUUCAUGAAAAUGCUUAUGUUAGCGAAUUUCAUCAUUGCUUUUCUCUGCCAUCAAAUUCUUCUGGGUCCACUGUCACACCUUUAGAAGCCAGACUAAAUGGAAUUAAUGUUGUAAUUGGAAGACAAGGAGAGUCUUGUGAUUCAGUUUGCAAGUUAAAUGGACAAUCAUGUGUACUCAACAAGCUUUUGAUACUUAACCAGUGUGAUAUUAUCCAGAAAUAUAUGAGCUGCAAAGGAGCAUGCUUGGCAAGUGUUGGAGCUGAUCAGCCAGCAGAAGUUGCUGAUGAUGCUCCCAAACAUUUGAAUCCAGGAGCAUGCUUGUAUACACAAACACAAUCAAUGCUGUCUUGUGAUGGUUCACAUCGGCAUACCAGGAGGCUUUGCCCCUGUGCAUAGUGCAUCAUUUUGGCAUGAAGCACGUCUCAAAUCUGUUCUCGGCUGUUUGUUCCCGAGCACUUGUCAAAGGCUUCCGACUUUCACAGGGUAAAUUUUUGCAGAGAAACUAUACACUUACCUGUUGGUCUUUUCAUAUUACCCAUUUGAACAGAAAUGCGUGGAGUUGCAUGUAUGACAUUGUUGUAUGAAUUAGAAGCAAAAUGCCAUUGACAUGCUAAUUUAUGUUGAAGCAUCCAUGCAAAUACAAGAGUCUUUAGAUUUUUCUUUGAAGAUGAUUACGUUAGGCAUGGUAGUGUGCCAUCCUCGAAUUAUUGAUUAAGGGUAAAUUUCAUCCAUAAUCCAUAAUCUUUUAAUUUUGUUCUACUUACAGUUUUUAAUUUUUGUAUUAUUCGAUUUC